GAGUGGCUGCAAGUUACAGCCGGGUUAGCGAUUACACAGCUCAGCUUAUAAGUUUCUUAUAAGCGAGAUGCGUAGAGCGAGACAGCGAGGCGGCCUCUCUCGUGUCCCUUUAAGGAAUAUCCGCCUGCUGUUCCAAUUUAGAAUUCCUGGAGCCAGGUUGCCUGGCCGCGGAGAAUGUUUCAGGAGAAUGACAAGUGGAAGAAAGAGAUCCUGGGGGAUGAGCUGGCUGCCAUCAGGCUUCAGAAGCUGGAGCAGCAGUGGCGGCUGUUUGAAAAGAAGCAACGACGGAAGCGCCAGGAACCCCUCAUGGUUCAGGCAAACCCCGAUGCUUCCCUGAGGUUCCGACGACCAUGGCGGCCCGGCGACAGUGGCCUCGGAAAUCCUCACCUGCAGGAGAACGUGCCCCAGGCUCACCUGCGCUCUGGCACCCCCAGUGCCCUCAGCACCGUACACUGCGAUGGAGAUGCCAGUGGUCAGUGCAGCCCCCUGGCGUCCGGGAUUGAAGCAGACAGUUCCGAUCCCGAGUUGGAGGAAGUCUCCGUGGAGGAUGUUCCUGAAACUUCACCAGCUUAUAAAGAGCCUCUGAGAAUUUGUCGCAGGGGUUGGCCAGCCCGACGACGACCUGGGACCAGUGCAGAGGACAAGAAUGAAUCUUUGGAUGUGGGAGUGGAGUCCCAGAAACUCAGUUCGGGAUCAAACGGUGAAAGGGAUGUUGACCUGGUAUGUGAAGACGUGAUUUCCUGCGAGGAAGAAGACCUGGACGAAGAGGAACUGACGCCUGAAGAAGUGCGCCCCCCGGCAGCAGCCAACGAGGCGUCCGAGGUGUCCGAGGUGUCCGAAGUGUCCGAGGUGUCCGAAGUGUCCGAAGUCCAGGGAGGCGAGGGCAUUAUAGACAGCCCUAACCAAGGGAGCGCGACACUCAUCGCCUCAGGCCCUCUGCUGGGCGAGAACAUGGGGCAGUACGUGCUGCAGCCAGCGUCCCGGGGCCAGAUGGUGCAGUGCCGCAUCAGCCGCGACAAGUGCGGCAUCGACAAGGGCUUGUUCCCCUUCUACUACCUCUACCUGGAGACCGAGGACGGCAAGAAGCACUUCCUCCUGGCUGGGCGAAAGAGAAAAAGGAGCAAAACCUCUAAUUACCUCAUCUCCCUGGACCCCACAGACCUGUCUCGGGAUGGGGACAACUUUGUGGGCAAAGUCAGAUCCAAUAUGUUGGGCACCAAGUUCACUAUCUUCGACAAGGGGAUAAAUCCCGACCGGAAGACUUUCAUCCCGGAGACCGCUCGGAUCAGAGAGGAGCUGGGAGCUGUGUAUUAUGAGACCAACGUCUUGGGGUUGCGGGGUCCUCGGAAAAUGACUGUGGUCAUCCCAGGAAUGGACGGCCAGAACCAGAGAAUCAUCGUUCAGCCGAGAAAUGAACAGGAGUCACUACUAAGUCGCCUCCAGCGGGGAGCCAAACAGGGACUGAUCCUGCUGGAAAACAGAGCCCCAUCGUGGAGUGAGGAGAGCGGAGCCUACGUGCUCAACUUUCAUGGUCGAGUCACUCGGGCCUCGGUCAAGAACUUCCAGAUUGUGUACCCGGAUGACCCGAACUACCUGGUGCUCCAGUUUGGUCGUGUGGCCCCCGACUCGUUCACCAUGGACUUCCGCUUCCCACUUUGCCCUCUCCAAGCCUUUGCCAUCUGCUUGUCUAGUUUCGAUGGGAAGCUGGCAUGUGAGUAACUCAAUAAAAUACCAUGCCCUCACCAGCCCCACGUGCCUGCUUGCCUGCUCACUUGGAGAAAGGGCCUCAAGUACCUCCUUUU